AUGGGAAACUCAAACAGUCAAACAACAAAACAUACUUCAAUUAGUAGAUUUUAUCUUGCCUGCCAAUCAGGUGAUAUUGAUAUAGUGAAGCAAAUGUUAACGACAAUGAAAUUGAAAGAGAUAAAUCGUAUAGAACCCAACGGUAGCACAGCAUUACAUGCGGCUGCUUCGAAUGGACAUUUUGAAAUUGUUGAAUUGCUGCUUAAAAAUGGAUGUUCGACUAUAACAACUAAUAAAGAUGAAAAAACUGCGGCAGAAGAAUGCAAUGAUGAACGAAUUUGUCAGUUAAUACAAUCAUCAGUAGCGAUCAUUGAUAACGAGGAACAAAUAAAUGAUGCAAUACCUAUAUCAAACUGGGUGCAAAUUUAUGAAAAUAUCAAUAAUGAAGACAAGUCCGUUCUAGCCACAAAAAUUAUGAAAUUGCGUCUCACAACGUAUUUAACCAAUCAGUUUAAAACCAAUGGAGCUAAUCGAUUAGAUUAUAUAAGAAACCUCAUUCUUAGCGUUCUUGAUAAAGACUCACAUAAGCAUUCAGAACUAUUAUCUCGCCUUCAAGAUGCUAAAUGUUGUGAAUCGCCAGAGCUUUUGAUUACAGCGUACGUAGCCGAAAGUCCUUUCUUUCGCUAUAUUAAUAAGAAUCGAGACGAGGUGUAUUUUAUGGAAUUAUUAAUUGGUUUAGUGCAACUCCAGCAUAGAAGCUUCCGUGGAACUGCUUUUCGAGGAAUCAGUCUAAAUCGGGCGGACCUUGAUUUAUAUCUUUGGGCAUGUCAUCAUCCGAACAGUUUCAUUGAAACAUACAACAUCAACAGUGCAAGUGAAAUUUGUGAAAUAGCAAAACAGUUCGCAAAACACUAUGGGCAUAUGGAACCGGAUACGAUUAUGGCAUUGUUUAUUAUUCAUUUCAGUGAAACGUGUGAAACAGCAAUAUCUGUCACAGACAUUUCUCUCUGUCCACAGGAGAAAGAGGUUCUCAUCAUGCCUGGGACAUUUUUCCAAGUAAUAUCAGUUGAAAAAUCACCAAGUGACAGUUGCUUGUCUGAUAUGACCAUUAUCAAGCUGCAAAAUAUACCUGUAUCACGUAGCGUUCUGCUUAAAACUAUAUAUGAACUGAGAUAA